AUGACGUCUCCGGUGGCAUCGUCGUCGCACCCCGCACAGCUCCCCGCUCUGCAGGGCCCUCACGCAGGCGAAGGCAAGAAGCCCAAGGAGAAGAAGGACAAGACUGCCCCGUCUGGAUACCCGCUGGAGCUUCAACCUCGGCCAGACUACUUCGAUCAUCGUAUCGAGAUGUUCGACAAGCUCAAGGCUGAGUUCGAUGAAUGGGUCAAAGCUCAGCCACGCGAGACAAUAGAGGUUACCCUCCCUGAUGGCACGAAACGCCAGGGCACAAGCUGGGAGACCAGUCCCAUGGACGUUGCCAAGGAGAUCUCCAAAGGCCUUGCCGAUCGUAUCGUCAUUGCGAAGGUGAACGACCAAGUGUGGGAUCUGGAGCGGCCGCUCGAAGGCUCAUGCUCGUUAGAGCUUUUAGACUUUGAUCAUCCCGAAGGUGAUUUUCCUCAGACCCCGAUGCAUGUCGUGCGCGAUGUCGUCGGCAAACGUGUCUUCUGGCACUCGUCCGCCCACGUCUUGGGUGAAGCUGCAGAACGCCACUACGGAUGCCACCUUUGCAUUGGCCCCCCGACAGAGGACGGCUUCUUCUAUGAGAUGGCUAUCAACGACAGAGUGAUCACGAAUACAGACUAUCCCGCUCUCGAGAAAGUAUCAGAACUCGCGAUCAAGGAGAAGCAGAAGUUCGAGCGCCUAGUCGUGUCGAAAGAGAAACUCCUCGAGAUGUUCGCGUACAACAAGUACAAGAAAUAUAUCAUCGAGACAAAAAUCCCGGACGGCGCAUCCACGACAGUGUACCGCUGCGGUCCGAUGGUAGAUCUGUGUGUUGGCCCUCAUAUCCCGCACACAGGCAAGAUCAAAGCAUUUAUGGUCACGAAGAACUCUGCGUCGUAUUUCCUAGGAGACCCGACGAAUGACUCCCUGCAGCGAGUCUAUGGUAUUUCGUUCCCUGAUAAAAAGCAGCUCGUCGAGUACAAGGAAUUCCUCGCGGAAGCUGCCCGACGUGAUCACAGAAAGAUCGGCAAGGAACAAGAACUGUUUUUCUUCAACGAUCUCAGUCCGGGAAGUUGCUUCUGGCUGCCGCAUGGAACGCGUAUCUAUAAUACACUUGUAGAGUUGCUGCGUUCCGAAUAUUUCAAGCGCGGUUACCAAGAAGUCAUCUCGCCGAAUAUGUAUCACUCCAAGCUCUGGGAGACGUCUGGACAUUGGCAAAACUACAAGGAUGAUAUGUUCACACUCAAUAUUGAGAAGGAAGCUUGGGGGCUCAAACCCAUGAACUGCCCUGGUCACUGCUUGAUCUUCGACUCGCGUGAUCGUAGCUACAAGGAACUUCCUAUUCGUAUGGCGGAGUUCGGAAUCAUCCAUCGUAAUGAGGCAUCGGGUGCUUUGACAGGUCUUACGCGCGUACGACGGUUCGUACAGGAUGACACCCAUGUGUUUUGUAUGCCGACACAGAUUGAGGAAGAGAUUGGGUAUUUGUUUGACUUCAUGCAGCACAUAUAUGGCAUGUUUGGGUUCGAAUUCCGCCUUGAACUUUCCACGAGACCUGAUAAUUAUCUUGGCACGAUCGAGACCUGGAAUGAGGCUGAGGAGCAAUUGACCAAGGCUCUCAACAAAUUUUAUCCUGACAAGUGGGAGCUCAAUCCAGGUGAUGGAGCAUUCUACGGUCCGAAGAUUGAUAUCACCAUCCGCGACGCGCUUCGCCGCUCAUUCCAAUGUGCAACAAUCCAGCUGGAUUUCCAGCUACCCGAGCGCUUCAAUCUCAAGUAUCGCAGCGCAGACGAUACUGCUAGCGCGGACAAGCCUCCUUCGAGACCUGUCAUCAUCCACAGGGCAAUCUUGGGUAGUUUGGAACGCUUCAUUGCGAUCAUCACCGAGCACUUCGCCGGCAAGUGGCCAUUCUGGAUUUCUCCUCGUCAGGUCCUUGUUGUGCCUGUAGCGAUUCCCUACAAAGAAUAUGCUUCCGAGAUAGGUCAGAAAUUGUCUGAUCAUGGCUUCUUCGCGGACGUAGACAACGGUGAAAAUACCUUGCCAAAGAAAAUCCGCAAUGGCGAGAUCGCGCAGUAUAACUUCAUCCUCGUUGUCGGGCAACAAGAGCUGGACAGCCGCUCUGUGAAUGUCCGCAAUCGUGAUGAUGUUGGUACGAAGGCUCAAGGAAAGAUGGUGCCGCUAGAUACGAUUAUUCAGCAACUGCUGGCCCUGAAGGCUAACAGGAGUCUUGAGAACAAGUUGGUCUGA